AUGGAAGCGGAAGGCAAUCGGACACUGGUUACUGAUUUUGUCCUUGUUGGAUUUACAAGAGACCCAUAUCUACGAAUAAUCUUCUUUGUGCUGUUCUUGGCCUCCUACACCAUUACACUGACUGGGAAUCUGGGCCUCAUGACCCUGAUCUACAUAGACUCCCGCUUGCACACACCUAUGUACUUCUUUGUGGGCAGCCUUUCCUUCCUGGAUGUCUGGUACUCCUCAGUCUACACUCCUCGGAUCUUGUUUGACUGUGUAUCCAAAAAUAAUCACAUGUCCCUAGCUGGUUGUGCAGCACAAUUGUUCUUCUCUGCCGGCUUGGCCUAUAGUGAAUGCUUCCUACUGGCCUUCAUGGCCUAUGACCGCUAUGUGGCCAUCUGCAAUCCACUCCUUUAUAUUAUUGCCAUGCCCAAGAAGCUCUGUAUCCAGCUGCUGGUGGCAGCUUAUGCAGGUGGCUUUGCCAAUGCCAUUGCACAUAUUAGUAACACUUUCCGCCUACGCUUCUGCGGAAACAAUGUCAUCAACCACUACUUUUGCGAUGUGCUGCCUCUUCUGAAAAUGUCCUGCGAUGAUAUAGGGUUCUAUGAAGUCAUUCUGACUGCUCUCAUAGGUUGCAAUUGGCUGGUAACUUCAGCUAUCAUCCUGAGCUCCUAUAUUGGUAUUGUGGGAGCCAUCAUUCGUAUCCAUUCAUCUGCAGGGAGACGCAAAGCCUUCUUUACUUGCUCAGCCCACUUGGUGUCAGUUACCCUCUUCUAUGGCUCCAUUCUUACCAUGUAUUGCAGACCCAAAUCUCAACACACUCCAAAUUGGAACAAGGCAAAUGCAUUGUUUUAUACUGUAAUCGGUCCUCUGGCCAACCCUUUCAUUUAUAGCUUACGCAACAAAGAUGUGAAGGCAGCUUUCAACAAAGUCUGGGAGAGAUUCACAUCAUAUAAAUCAAUGAAACUCCCUUUGGAGGAAUUAAGAAAAAAUGUUUGCUAUGAUACCAAUCUUCCACCUUUAGACCAUCAAGAGGAAAGACUCAACUCGGAAUAUAUCCAUUGUUGUAAAACUGGGCCAUUGGAUCUGACCAGGUAUUUAUCCAUGUCCUUUUCCUCACUUGUACUUUAUCAGUGGGAGGCCAUACCAAAUCCAGGGUUCCCCAAACUCAUGAGAGUGGCUUCAUCUUGUAAGGAGCUCAAAGUCUUCCAUGCCUCCCCACCCAGCCAUGAAGCCCCACCCAGCCAUGAAGCCUAUACUCUGCUGCUGCAAGAGUACCUCUAG